AAUCCAAUCAUAAAAAGAGAGAAAAAAACCCACUCUUUAUCAAGAAGAGAGAGUUUUUUAGGGGAAAAAACCAAUCUUUCUAGAUCCUCAAGAAGAUUUAGAUUUGUGGUGUAAAGUUCGAGUCUUUGAUUCCAAGAAUCAGCAGAGAGGAGUGGAGAUGGAGAGUGAUCUGAAUCUGAGGGCCACCGAGCUAAGACUGGGCUUGCCCGGAACUGAAGAGUGCGAGAAAGAAAUGGCUUCAUGUCCCAAGAACAAGAACAAAAGAUCCUUUCUUGUUGAAUCAGGCGGUGAAGAAGACUGUGAAUCCAAGGCCAACAAUGAUUCUGCUAAAACUUCCCCAGUUUCCAAGGCGCCAAUAAUAGGUUGGCCACCAGUGAGAUCAUACAGGAAGAACAAUCUGCAGGUGAAGAAGGCAGCAGAUUCAUCUGAGAGUGGAAUGUUUGUGAAGGUGAGCAUGGAUGGGGCUCCAUACCUGAGAAAGAUUGAUCUGAAUGUGUACAGUGGGUACCCAGACCUGCUCAAGGCUUUGGAGGCCAUGUUUAAGCUCUCCAUUGGUCAGUACUCUGAGAGGGAGGGCUACAAAGGCUCUGAAUAUGCACCUGCUUAUGAGGACAAAGAUGGUGACUUGAUGCUUGUUGGUGAUGUCCCCUGGGAGUAAGUUUUUAUAAAACCUUAUACAAUAAUUAACCAAGAUUUACACUGUUAGUGUUUCAUAUACAAUGCAAGAUUGUCUCUCUAAUGGUGUCAACUUUGGUUGGGCUUUUGUUGGAUUAGUUUAUUGACAUGAAUGAAAGCACAAUUACAGCUCCAUUUUUGAGAAAUUUGGUGAAAUAGCUAUGAAAACAUGAUCUUUUUUGGGUCAGUUAGCAAGUUUAGGAACAUAGUUUCUUUCAAAACAGUUGAUUAUGCUAAGAUUUAUGGAGCUAAUUUGGAUCUGAUAUUGGGAAUUGCAGAAUGUUCUUGUCAUCAUGCAAGAGGCUGAGAAUAAUGAAAGGAUCAGAAACCAGAGGAUUGGGUUGUGGGAAUUGAAGAUCAAGAAACCAAAGAAGUGAUAUGAAAUGAGUGGAAUUUGAAGAUCUUUGUGUCUCUCUGGCAGGGAAUUGAUAAAGAUAGGUUCUUUGCAAGAUUGGGUUCUCAGAUUUACAAGAAUCACAAAAAUUUGUUUUGAAAUCUUUUUUUUUCUCUUUUUUUUUUGUAUCGUGAAAUACCCAUUCCAUUGGGGCUUUCUUCCACUCAGAACUGUUAUUAUUAUUAUUAUUAUGAUGAUGCUAUUGUUUUUGGUUUAUUUCAAUUUUUUGAGUCGUGUAAAUGUAUGUUAUCACGAAAAAAAAGCAUGCGUGCGUGGUUUCAAGAUGUUUUUGUUUUUUGGAAUAAUGAAGCCAACCAAAAUAGAAAUAUGCAACAAAGUUUGGUGGCUUUGUGUGAUCCAAAAUUAUUAAUUGUUGUAUUCCAUAAAGUCGACCGAGUAAAAACAUGUGAAUAUGAUUAUAUAUUAUCGGUAAGAAAUGAUAUUUUACUUU